CUUCGACACCUGUGCAACAACCACGUUCGUCUCUUACCCCUCCUGCCAUAGGCAGUUUGACUUGCAGCACACGUCUCUACUAUCAAUCUUAUCGGCUGCAUCAGCCGACGCUGGGCCUGUCGAUGACGUUAGCUCACACGCGGAAGCCUCCACACCAAUGGCACAACGGGCACAGAGAGUGCGUAUAAUCCGAAGGGUGUCAUAAGUAGAGUGUUGUUGCCCCCUGUUGCUGCAAAACAAAACAACAGCGCGUAUCCUCCUCCUCCACCCGUCCGCGUAUGAUCUCUUCCAAUCUCCCCCUAGGGCUUCACCACCGUGGCGGCACGUACCCGAGGACUCGACGUCGAAGUGGAUCAGACGCGCGCUGGUGUGCUGCUCGUUGUGUCAGUACGGAGAUAAUACCCGGUCAGAACGGUUCGUUCUUACUGCUCGGAAAAUGCAACUCCUCAUAGCGAUCUUCUCGCUGCUUCUGGCAGUUGGUGGUAACUUCACGCACGCCUUCGACUAUUGUGCAGCAUCGAAGGAUCUCUGUCCCGUGCCCGGUUCGCGGCAUGUCGUUUGCAAUGGGAGGCAAUUUGCGCCCGCUUGCAAAAGUCCCAAGCUUAUCAAGAUGAAACCCGAAUACCGGGCACAAAUACUGGAGUUUCACAAUCGAUUGCGGAACAAUCUUGCCUGCGGAUACUUUCACCGGUACGCCGAAGCGAGUUCGAUGGAGGAGCUGCACUGGGACAAUAAGCUGGCCCGCAUAGCCGAGUACAAUGCAAGGACGUGCAGCUUCGAGCACGAUGAGUGCCGAAACACGCGCAGAUAUCGUACCGCUGGUCAGAACCUUGCCAUAAAUUGGUUCUACGGCAUGAACGUGACGGUGGCGCAGGCGUUGGAUAAGUUCCAGCGCCACUGGUUCCUGGAGUAUAGGAAAGGCCGCCAGAAGAUGCUCGACCGCUACACCAAACUCUCGAUACAAGCCGGUAUAGGACACUUCACGCAGAUGAUACACGCCGACACGCAGUACGUUGGCUGUGCGAUGGUACGCUUUCAAGGCAUCCAUCAAGGUUUUCCGGUGACACAGUACUAUCUGGUGUGUAACUACUCGGUGGGCAAUCUGUACGAGCGACCCGUCUAUCGGAAAGGUAAACGGUGCAGCAAGUGUAAGUACGGAUGCUCGAACUACACGUCCUACCGAUGCUUGUGCCGUUCGUCCGUGCGGAACUAGCAAAGUGUGCGGAUGAAUGUGUACUACUGCUUCGGGGAGAUCUGUGUCUGAACAAGGAAAGGAUCAUCGGUAUCGAUAGGCUCUGGCGAGGAACUUACGGUGAAAGGGCGGUAAAGUUCAAACGAUGCUAUUGAACAAAUUUAAUCAUAGUUUUUUUUGUGCGUAUAUAAAUCAAAACUCUUCUUAAGUGUACUUCAAUAAAAAUAACCUCCGUCCAGUAAUAAACCUUGUAAAACCUUUAA